GGCGGGCGCGGCGGCGCGAGCCGCAUGAAUGAGAGAAACGUGCCCCGCGCGAGAUGUCGCGCGCGCCCGGGACAGGGAGCCAAUGAGAACGCUGGGAGGGCUAGAGACCCGGCACUGAGGGCAACGGCCGCGCGCCGACUCGAAGACAAGCGUCGCUGGGCGGGAGCGCGCGGAGCGGGGCUGGCGUGGAGCGUGCGGGGGCCGCGCGCUGCCUCUCAGAGGCCGGACGGCGCUGCUGAGAGGCGGCGGCGACUACGACAGCAGCGGUAACGGGAACCGCGCCGUGGGUGAGGCACUGUAACACAGUUGAACUCUGCAUCCAGAAAGCCCAAGAUUGAAGAAGAAAGAUCAGAGACGUUGACUAACCUGGAAACAGGGACCUCUUUGGAACUUUGCUUUCCUCCACAGUAGCUUUUAAGAGUAUCAUCGAGUGGAAUUGAUUUCUUCAUCUUAUUUUGCUUAUUGGGAAGAACAUGGCUUCGGGGAUUAUACGUUUCCCUUUAGUUUUUCAUGAACUCCAUCGGAAAAGGAGCCCUUAAAGCGUUUGGGAGCAACGAGAGACUGAAGACAGGCAAGCUUGCGUGCUCUCUCUCGCUCUGAUUUCCCUCCCCCUUCAAAGAAAAGGAUUUACAACUCAACCUUGUAACAGCUGCUGCCCAGCUUUAACCAUCAAGAGAAAGUAAAUAAAAUUAAACCACCAUUGCCAGACCACAAGCCCUGAAGUCAAGGUGUGGGAGUGGUGGCAUUGAGAAAACUGCCUGAAAGGGACAAAGACUGCAGUAAAAACGGCUUCUCUUUAAAGCUGGAAGGGGCGCCAGGUUCCUUCUUGGAUUGAAAUAGAAACACCUUUUAGGUGCUGCUCACAUUUUGUAGAAGUGUGGUAGUCGUGGAGGUUCUGUAGUAUCUCCCCCGAAGAAUUUUUCCUUGCUUGAAGUGUUCCGUCCUACCCUGAUAUCCUCCCCUUCUUCCCUUUUGAAGACUCGCCUCCCUCCAUGAGCUGCUCCUUGACCUGUCUGGCUGCCCGUGUUCUCUACCUGCGGCCACUUUCAGGUGUACAGCCUGCUGUUUGUCUCCGGUUUUUAAACUGUACCAGCUGUGUUUCUUAGUCUCUCCUUCUGCCUUGUUCUGGGGAGGUGGUUAUUCAUCAUUUGGAAUCACCUUUCCCCCUCCCAUGUGCUUUCCUUCAUUUGAGAUCUUUUGACCUUUGGUUUUAUUUGGGAGGGGGAAGGGUGAUAAUUCUAAAUUUUCUGCUUCCCUGGUGUCCUUCUGUACUCUUCUGGCUGUUGUCUCCCUCAUCCCAUUUUCUUGUCUGUUCUGCCGCUGUGUGGGCCUGGGCUAUGCGGCAGGGCAGAUCUUCCAUCAGAGCUCCAACAUGCCCGCGGAGUCUGGAAAGAGAUUCAAACCCAGCAAGUAUGUUCCAGUCUCGGCGGCCGCCAUCUUCUUAGUGGGAGCUACGACCCUCUUCUUUGCCUUUACCUGUCCAGGACUAAGCCUCUAUGUGUCACCUGCAGUGCCCAUCUACAAUGCGAUUGUUUUUCUCUUUGUGCUGGCCAACUUCAGCAUGGCCACCUUCAUGGACCCAGGGAUUUUCCCUCGAGCUGAAGAGGAUGAAGACAAGGAAGAUGACUUCAGAGCUCCCCUUUACAAAACAGUGGAGAUCAAGGGCAUCCAGGUGCGCAUGAAAUGGUGUGCCACCUGCCGCUUCUACCGUCCUCCUCGAUGUUCCCACUGCAGCGUCUGUGACAACUGUGUGGAGGAAUUUGAUCAUCACUGCCCCUGGGUGAACAACUGUAUUGGUCGCCGGAACUACCGUUAUUUCUUCCUCUUCCUCCUGUCCCUGACAGCCCACAUUAUGGGUGUGUUUGGCUUUGGCCUCCUUUAUGUCCUCUACCACAUGGAGGAACUCUCAGGGGUCCGCACGGCUGUCACAAUGGCAGUGAUGUGUGUGGCUGGCUUAUUCUUCAUCCCAGUAGCUGGCCUCACAGGAUUUCACGUGGUGCUGGUGGCUAGGGGACGCACAACCAAUGAACAGGUUACGGGUAAAUUCCGGGGAGGUGUGAACCCCUUCACUAAUGGCUGCUGUAACAAUGUCAGCCGUGUACUCUGCAGUUCCCCAGCACCCAGGUAUUUGGGGAGACCAAAGAAAGAGAAGACAAUUGUAAUCAGACCACCCUUCCUUCGGCCAGAAGUGUCAGACGGGCAGAUAACUGUGAAGAUCAUGGACAAUGGCAUCCAGGGAGAGCUGAGGAGAACUAAGUCUAAAGGAAGCUUGGAGAUAACAGAAAGCCAGUCUGCAGAUGCUGAACCUCCACCCCCUCCUAAGCCGGACCUGAGCCGUUACGCAGGGCUACGGACACACCUCAGCCUGGCUACCAAUGAGGAGAGCAGCCUCUUGGGCAAGGACAGCCCCCCCACGCCUACCAUGUACAAGUACCGGCCGGGCUACAGUAGCAGCAGUACGUCAGCCGCCAUGCCUCAUUCUUCCAGCGCCAAGUUGAGUCGUGGGGACAGCCUGAAGGAGCCAACCUCAAUUGCGGAGAGCAGCCGUCAUCCCAGCUACCGUUCAGAGCCGAGCUUGGAGCCAGAGAGCUUCCGUUCUCCCACCUUCGGCAAAAGCUUUCACUUUGAUCCACUGUCCAGUGGCUCACGCUCCUCCAGCCUCAAGUCAGCCCAGGGCACAGGCUUUGAGCUGGGCCAGUUGCAGUCCAUUCGUUCAGAGGGCACAACCUCCACCUCCUAUAAGAGCUUGGCCAACCAGACACGUAAUGGAAGCCUAUCUUACGACAGUCUGCUCACUCCUUCAGACAGCCCUGAUUUUGAGUCCGUGCAGGCAGGGCCUGAGCCAGACCCACCUUUAGGCUACACCUCUCCCUUCCUGUCAGCCCGGCUGGCCCAGCAACGGGAAGCCGAGAGGCACCCACGUUUGGUGCCAACCGGCCCAACGCACCGAGAGCCCUCACCAGUCCGGUACGACAAUCUGUCGCGCCAUAUCGUGGCCUCCCUCCAGGAACGAGAGAAGCUGCUACGCCAGUCACCCCCACUCCCAGGCCGCGAGGAAGAACCAGGCUUGGGGGACUCAGGCAUCCAGUCAACACCAGGCUCAGGCCAUGCCCCUCGCACUAGUUCCUCCUCAGAUGAUUCGAAGAGAUCACCCUUGGGCAAGACUCCACUGGGACGCCCAGCUGCCCCCCGUUUUGGCAAGCCAGAUGGGCUAAGGGGCCGGGGACUAGGGUCCCCUGAACCAGGCCCAACUGCCCCCUACGUGGGCCGAUCUAUGUCGUACAGCAGCCAAAAAGCCCCAUCUGGUGUCUCUGAGACAGAGGAAGUGGCCUUGCAGCCAUUACUGACACCCAAAGAUGAAGUACAGCUCAAGACCACCUACAGCAAAACCAACGGGCAGCCCAAGAAUAUAGGCUCAGCCUCCCCUGGCCCAGGCCAGCCACCUCUCAGUAGCCCCACAAGGGGAGGAGUCAAGAAGGUGUCAGGGGUGGGUGGCACCACCUAUGAGAUUUCGGUGUGAGCCUUGGGCAGCUCCCCUCCCCCACACCUCUGCGCCUACACCAAAGGGCCCCAGGUGGCCACCUUCCUUUCCUCAAGGGGCUCCCCUCCCCUGCAUGGACAUUUUUUAAACAACCGAUUCCAAGAGGAUGAGGACAUUUUAUAAAAUGCAAUGGGGUUGGGGAGUUGGAGAGUUGGGGCCCUGAGACUGGGGUAGCAACCCCCUUCACCUUUUAAGACCUUUCCCUUCCUUAACCCCUGGACCAGACUCAGUGGACAUUUGUGCAAUUGCUCGCCCUGGAGGGAACCAGAUCAUUUUUAAACCAGAAAUAAUUUUUUUUAUUAUUGUUA